UGGUUAACAAAAUAUAUAAUUAUUCUUGGCAUCACUGUUGUUAUUUUCGUAUUUGACAUUUCUCUUGCGUGUUUCUUGUUUGUUUAUAAAUCCAAAAAAACUUUCGCCAAAUUUUAUAAUUUAUUUAUUAAAUUCUUAUCUUUAAUUAUGUCUGAUGAGGAUGUUAUAAAACGCCGACUGCUUAUCGAUGGCGAUGGUACUGGUGACGACCGGAGGCUGAACAUCCUCUUAAAAACCUUCAUAAAAUGGUGUAACACAACGGAUAGUCAAGAAAAUCAAAUCUUCUACGACCGUCUGAUGGCACAAUUGGCACAAUGCAGCUUUGUUGCAUCCAAAUCAGAACACACUCUCAAAAUGAUCAACGAAGAACUCAAGAACUACGAAUCCCUUUCGAAUAAUAUUGAAAGUGGUAUCGAAAUUGCCAAAGAAGACAUUGAAACUUGUAAAUUGAAUUUAAUGUAUGCCCGAAAGGUUCGCAAGAACCGCGAAGAAUAUGAUUCUUUGGCAAGAGUUAUAAACAAUGAACCAGAUCGUGCUAAUAGUGAAAAAGAACUCGAAGCUCUGCGUGGAGAAUUGGCUUCGCUGCAGAAUAAAUCGAAGAAACUAGAUCGAAAACUUGUAACUCGUCAGAAUAAAUUCAAAGUUCUUAUGCAGUCAAUUCGAGAAAUGGAACUGUCUACACUUGAAAGCAGCACUGUCAAACCAACAGAAGAUGCCAUUAGUAAAGAUGUGGUUGAAGUUAUGGAAGUUAUAGAUGAGGAUAUAGAUCUCGAUGAUAUUAUUGAAUACCAAGCGGUUAGUCCUCAACUUUUGGAAUAAUCGAAUUGUAUUUUUGUUUUUUAUUGAGUAUGUAAAUAAAUUCGAUAUUUUUUUAAAAUUAA